AUGGAGAGAAUGAAGACCCAGGCUGGCCGGCAGCUCAGCCUGCUGAAAGUGAAAAAGAAGUGGCUCUUCCCGGUUUCCUGCAGCUUCUUCUUCGUGCUCUCUGUGCUCAUGACUGGCUGCUUCCUGUGGCAGUAUUACCUCCCCAAGCUGAAGACCGGUUCCUUGGGACCAGAGGUGACCUCUGCCCCCAUGAGGAUGUGUCCCCAGCACCCUGAGCCUGUGCCCCUGGCCCACCCCCUCCCCGUGUUGAAGGAGGCCCUGAAAAAGGUGGACAGGAUCCUGCGCCAGGCACUCUCUGCCCCAGGCCUGGCUGCUAUGUCUGCAGCUGUCAUCCACAACGACACUGUGCUCUGGACCGGGAACUUCGGAAGGAAGAAUGGUUCAGACCCGGCUUCUGUGCCCCCCAAUGAGUACACCAUGUACCGGAUCUCCAGCAUCUCCAAGAUCUUUCCCGUGCUGAUGCUGUACCGCCUGUGGGAGGAGGGCAUCGUGGCCUCUCUAGAUGACCCUCUGGAGCGGUACGCCGGCACCUUCACCAUUAACAACCCACUGGGCAUGGCAUCAGCCCCCGAACAAAAGAGCCUGAUGGAUCGUCUGGAGGAGGUGGGCCCAGCCCCAAGGCCUUCACCCGUCACCCUCCGAAGGAUGGCCAGCCAGCUCUCAGGGCUGCCCCGAAGGCUCCGUUCCACUUCGCUGCUGUGGAGAGGCAGCACCCAGGAGGCCCUGAACCUGCUCAAGGAUGAUGUGCUGGUGGCAGACCCAGGAACCAGAUGCCAUUACAGCACGCUGGCCUUCUCGCUUCUGGCCCAUGUCCUGGCAGCCCACACUGCCCAGGGUGACUACCAGCACUGGAUCUUGGAGAACGUGCUGGAACCGCUGGGGAUGGAAGACACAGGCUUCGAUCUGACACCUCCUGUGCGUGCCCGCUUGGCAGCUGGCUUUUAUGGCAGCGGGCGGCCGGCGCCGCUGUACGACCUGGGCUGGUACCGCCCGUCGGGCCAGAUGUACUCCACCACCGCUGACCUGGCCAAGCUGGCCAUGGUGCUCCUGGGCAGCAGGCCCCAGCGGCUUUUGCGGCCUGACGCGGCUAAGACACUACUGGCGCCGCUGCUGGCCUGCCCGGGCGCCUACUUCGCCAACGAGACUGGCACACCGUGGGAGUUCCACGCGCAGCGGGGCUACCGCGUGGUGCGCAAGGACGGUGACCUGGACGGCUACGCCGCCACCUUCUCCCUGGUGCCG